AUGAAAGGACUCGCCGACCGACCUGUCGGUUACACUGUGGAGCUUCUGGGGGGUGGAGCUAGCCUUGAUGAUGUCAUCGACGAGCGCAUCUGCGAGCAGGCUCUGGCAGAGAAGAGCGCCUUCGUGGUGGGCGACCUGGGCGCUCUGAUGCGCCAGCACGCCCGUUGGCAGAGCGCCGUACCGCGACUGCAGCCGUACUUCCCGCUCCUCAACCUGGCGCUGGAGCACGGAGUAGCGCCCGACAAUAUCAUCCUUUCGGGUAUCUGCAAGCAGCUCGCACUCAUCAAGGCCGCGGCCAAACAUGACGUGCAGCACCUCGUGUGCGACAAUGAGGCUGAGCUAACGAAGAUCGCGCGCUUCCACCCGCGUGCUAAGCUGUUGCUUCUGCUCAACACUGAAGCCCACGCGGCCGAGACCAGCCUGGCCUUGGGCGCGUCCCUGAAGAGCUGCCGCCGCCUUUUGGAAGCGGCCAAGGCUCUGGACAUGGAGGUCGUCGGCGUGUCCUUCCACGUACCGGCGACCUGCCCGGAGCCGCAACGGGCUUACGGGCACGCGCUGGCCGACGCCCGUUGUGUCUUCGACAUGGGGGCGGACCUGGGCUUCCACAUGAACAUCCUGGAUAUCGGCGGAGGAUUCAGCGGCUCGGACUUCCAACUCAAACAGGUGGAAUCCGCCAUCGUGCCGCUGCUGGACGCUUACUUCCCGUCGCUAUCCGGCGUUCACGUUCUGGCCCAGCCGGGCGCCUUCUACGCGGCUUCGGCCUUCAGCCUGGCGGUCAACGUGAUCGGCAAAGAAGCGGCGACCCGCCGCUGGGAUGGCUUAGCUUCAGGUGACAAAAGCGAGGACGCGGAGUUCCUGUACUACAUGAGCGAGGGUGUUUACGGGCCGUUUGGUGUCAAGCUCCUUGGGAACGCCGUGGCCGCGCCGACGGUGCAUAAGCACGCGCCGUGCACGGAUACGGCGGCGUACCCCAGUAGCUUGCGGGGUCCCACGCUGGACGAGCUGGACCUGGUGGUGGAGCGCUGCCUCCUGCCCGAGCUGAGCGUGGGCGACUGGCUGAUCUUUGCCAACAUGGGCGCCUGCGGCCUGGACGACAACGCCGGCGGCACGUGCGCCUCGCCACAGCCGCCCGUCUACUACGCCGCCGCCGCAUCGGACUGGUACGAAAUGCAGGAGGCGGGCGUGACGCUGGACGGCGCCAUCAAAACCUUCUCCUUCGUUUAG